AAUUAAAUGGAUAUCUUAAACGACUCAAAAAAUGAUCGACUUACACAACUAAAGGCUUUUGAUGACACAAAAUCCGGUGUCAAAGGACUAAUUGAUGCUGCAGCUGGUGGGCCUGUGGAUGUUCCGGAAAUCUUUAUCCGACCACCUGAUGAACUUGCAGAAGAUCUGGAACUCACACGAACGAGUUUACGUGUUCCUGCCAUAGAUCUUAAUGGUGUUGAUGAUAUGGUGGGAAGCUCCAGGAGGGAGAAGAUCGUUGAAGAAGUUAGACAUGCUUCUGAAAAAUGGGGUUUCUUCCAAGUGGUUAAUCAUGGGAUACCGAUGAAAGUGCUAGAAGAAAUGAUGAAGGGUGUGCGUGAGUUUAAUGAGCUGGAUGUAGAGAUGAAAAAGGGAUACUAUUCAAGGGAUCCGGAUAGGAUGGUGAAGUUCAACACGAAUUAUGAUUUUUACAUGUCGACAGCAGCUAAUUGGAGGGAUUCGUUGCUUGUUGAUAUGACUAGUUCGUAUGAUCUUAAUCCUCAAGAUCUGCCCUCAGUUUGCAGAGACUCUACUGUCGACUACUUAAACAAUCUCAAGAACCUAGUAGACACCCUUUUUAAGUUACUAUCAGAAGCUCUUGGGCUCGAACCAGACCACCUGAAACGGUUAGAAUGUGAGAAGGGUAGAACCCUGGCUUGCCACUAUUAUCCUGCAUGCCCCAACCCUGACCAGACCCUAGGAAUCAACAAGCACACAGAUGCUUCUUUCAUCACUAUUCUACUACAAGAUGAAGUUGGGGGACUAGAGGUUCUGCAUAGAAAUCAAUGGGCUGACGUUGAAUAUAUUCCUGGUGCUCUGGUUGUCAAUAUCGGAGAUCUUCUUCAGAUUGUAUCAAAUGACCAGUUCAAAAGUGUGAUUCAUCGAGCAACUGGCAACGCAACUCAAACUCGAAUGUCGGUUGCCUGUUUUUUUCAUGGUGUGUCUUCAACCCCUAAGAUUUAUGGGCCUAUCGAGGAGGUUGUCAUGAGAGGAAGUCCCCGGGUGUUUAGAGAAUUUACUGUAAAAGAUUACAUGAUGAAGUUUUACUCCAGAGGACUUGACGAGAAGUCUGGGCUAAACCAUGUCCGGAUAUAAGACUUAAACUUUUUCUGAACCAGAGAAAUCAUACAAAUCUUUAAUGUUUUUGUUUUAAAUUGAUAGGUUUACCAUUACUAUAUAUGCAACA